CUUCCUGUCAGCGCGAGCCUAGUGAUUUCACUGCACUGUAGCCGUUUCCUCCUAGCGCGAGAGGCUGCUUGAAUGCUCGCGUGCUCGUAGGUUAAGUAACAUCCGGGGACUUUUGUAGUGUACUUGCGUACUGGAAUGACACUUGACAUGGCGGCGGGGAAGUAGAGUGCGCGUGCACGCUGUGACUAACGGCUUUGCUCUGGUGUGCGGUGUGUGACCAGAACAAAAGCUUAUUUUUUAUAUAUAUAUAUAUAUAAAAAAUAAAAAUAAAAGAUGGACAGCGACGACGAUAAUGUGGAGGAGGUUGUAGAAGGCCCACUAGAUGAUGAUGAGCUCCCCCAUGGCUUCUGUACCGUCACCUACUCCUCCAGUGACCGCUUCGAAGGCCAUUUUGUCCAUGGAGAAAAGAACGGAAAGGGCAAAUUCUUCUUUUUCGACGGCAGUACUCUAGAGGGCUUCUAUGUGGACGAUGCACUUCAGGGGCAGGGUGUGUACACUUACGAGGACGGUGGAGUGCUGCACGGCACCUACAUGGACGGAGAGCUCAACGGUCCUGCUCAGGAGUUUGACCCGGAAGGACAGCUCAUCUUCAAGGGCCAGUACAAGGAUAACAUCCGCUGUGGCAUCUGCUGGAUUUACUACCCGGACCGAGGCUGUGUGGUGGGCGAGGUCAACGAGGACGGGGAGAUGACGGGCAAAGCAGUGGCUUACGUUUACCCCGAUGGACACACGGCUCUGUAUGGGAGCUUUGUGGAUGGGGAGCUCAUCGAGGCUCGACUGGCCACGCUGACCGAUCAGGAGAACGGCAGACCUCACUUCACUGUUCAGCCCGACAGUCCUGUUUACUCUUAUGACAAAUCCACUUCCUCCUGUAUCGCUGCUCACAAAACUCUGCCCGACCCGUAUGAGAGCCAGCGUGUGUAUGUGGGGCAGUCACUGAUCUCUGGAGCAGGAGAAGGCCUGUUCGCCAAAAUUGAGGCAGAUGCCGACACAAUCAUGGCUUUUUACAACGGAGUGCGCAUCACACACUCGGAGGUGGACGCCCGUGAUUGGUCCCUGAACGGGAACACCAUUUCAUUAGAUGAGGACACGGUGAUUGAUGUUCCUGAGCCCUUUAACCAUACAGAGAAUUACUGUGCAUCGCUUGGACACAAAGCCAAUCACUCAUUUACCCCCAACUGCAAAUAUGACCCGUUUGUUCAUCCUCGCUUCGGGCCAAUAAAAUGCAUCCGAACAAUCCGAGCGAUUCCAAAAGAUGAGGAACUCACAGUCGCUUAUGGUUACGACCAUGAACCUUCUGGGAAAUCAGGUCCAGAGGCUCCAGACUGGUACAAACAGGAGCUGCGCGAGUUUCAGGAAAGAGAAGCUGAAAGAAGAGCUAAGGACUCUUGUUAACCCCGCCCCCUUCCAAAAAAAAAAAAAAACCUUUUUGCAUCAUGCCAAGCAACACCUAAAUCUGCCUCUUUUACUGUCUUGCUGUUAGCUAAACAACUGUGUCUUUAAUACUUUGUCAAUAUCCUCUUAACCUGCUCUCUUUAUUGUUCUCAAAUGCUUGGCUUUUGCAGAAUCUUGUUAUAUAAUAUGAAGGUGCUAUGAUGUGUACAGAUCCCAACACCUGUAUCAUGAAUGCCGUGAUAUAAAGAGUGACUGAAGCACAGCAUGAUGUGAAUUAGCUCCAUGACUCAUCUGAAGUGAGAACUAUGCACUACCGAACCCAGCAGGUGUUCUUUGCUGCUACGCUAACCUCGACAAGCACCGGCAAUGCAGUCUAUUAGUAUGUGAUUAAACUCCCAUAGCUUAUCGCUCUCGCAGUUUGUGCAUUUCAGACUCUUGCAGUGCAGUUAUUACAGUUAGCAUUGUCUCUUCGGCUUCGGUCUACCUGCACUGAGAGUUAACCGCAACACUAGAUCGUACUUAUGUUUUGAAGAACAGUAUUAGAACUGCUCACUCACUGUACAUGUUUCAUUUUUGCCUUUGUUUUAAAUCAGUAAGAGGAAAAGUGUGAAAGCGCAUUAUGUUUGUGUGAGAGCGAGAGACAGCGGAAUGAGUAGCAGAUCACAAUAAGAAAUGAAUUCAGGUCUUUGAUAUGCAGUAUCUCUAAUCCAGGAUUUAUCAAUAAAACCUUAAAACAUGA